AUGAUGAAAGCAGUAAGAAUUUUAGCAACAGGUGGUAGCGAUAAAUUAGUUUAUGAAAGUAUUGCAAAACCAUUGAUUACCAAGGAAACCGAUGUUUUAAUUAAGAACCAUUUUAGUGGUGUUAAUUUUAUUGAUACCUAUCACAGAUCAGGGUUAUAUAAAGUUCAACUCCCAUUCAUUAUUGGACGUGAAGGUAGUGGUGUUGUAGAGCAAGUUGGUGAAAAAGCAGGAUCAAAAUUUAAAGUAGGUGAUAGAGUUUGUUAUUUCAGUGCUGAUUCAUACGCAGAAUAUACCAUUGUACCAGAAGCAGCAGUUGUUAAAUUACCAGAUACUGUUGAUUUUAAAACUGGUGCUGCAGUUCCACUUCAAGGCAUGACUGCUCAUUAUUUAGUUAGAUCUACAUUCAAAUUAGAUGAUAGCCACACAUGUUUAAUUCAAGCUGGUGCUGGUGGUUUAGGUCAAAUUUUAAUUCAAAUGGCAAAAAUCAUUGGUGCUAAAGUUAUUACCACUGUUUCAACCGAGGAGAAAGAAAAGAUUUGCAAAGAUUUAGGUGCUGAUGUCGUUAUCAACUAUGCUCAAGGUACCAACUUACAAGAGCUUUCAAAAUUAGUUAAACAAGCUAAUGGUGGCGUCGGUGUUGAUGUAGUUUACGAUGGUGUUGGUCAAUCCACUUGGAAUCAAUCAUUACUCUCUUUAAAACCAUUAGGUAUGCUUUGUUUAGUCGGUAAUGCCUCUGGCCCAGUUCCACCAAUCGAUCCAUUAUUACUCUCCACCAAUGGUUCCUUAUUUUUAACUCGUCCAACUUUAGCUCAUUAUAUCGCUAAACCAGGUUCAAUCGAAUAUCGUAUGAACGAAAUCUUUGAAUGGGCAUCAAGUGGUAAAUUAAAAAUUUCAGACCCAACUAUUAUUAAAUUAGAAAAUGCUAAAGAGGCACAUGAUCUUUUAGAAAGCAGAGGUUCAAAAGCAGCAUGCACAUCACACACAAAUUUAUGA